CAGCAACACCCAAAAGGUGUUUCGCUUGACUCGGUUCGUCAUGUCGGCCAGAAAGCCUCGCUCGGUGGCGAACCCUUUGGAGUCUGCCAUCACUUCACCGAGUGAGAAGAUACUGAAAGAAUGCCACAGUUUGUAUGUCGACAGCGAAAACGGCUUGGUCAAGAUUGCCAGCAGCCUAGGAGUGCGCCUCCUGCCCCCCAGAAAGAAGAUCACUGUCAUGAUCAUGGGGAACCAUUCUGCAGGAAAAAGCUCCUUCAUCAACUGGUACGUUGAAGAACACAUCCAAAAAACUGGUGUUGCCAUUGAAACACAAGGCUUCACAUUCAUCACAAGUGGCCGUAAAAGAGAAUCAUUGACGGGGAAUGCAACACUGCAUCUCUACCCCCAUUUUCGACCUCUCCUUGAGUUCAAAGGUGUUAUGGACUAUCUAUCUGCUGAGAUAUCCACCUCCAAGCAGAAGAAGUUCAGCCUUGUGACCUUUGUGGACACGCCUGGCUUAGUGGAUGGGGACAUGAUCUACCCUUUUAAUGUUAACAGCGCCAUCACAUGGCUAGGAGAACAGUCAGACCUGAUAUUUGUGUUCUUUGACCCAAUGGGUCAGGCGCUGUGCAAGCGCACGCUGAACAUUGUGGAGAAGCUGAGUGAAAAAUGUGGAGACAAGCUGUUGUUUUACCUCAGCAAGGCUGAUGAAGCUGGAAAGGAAACAGAUCGACAAAGAGUGAUGAUGCAGAUAGUCCAGGAAUUGUGCCGCCGCCCAGGUCUCAACAAAUGUGGUUUUGAAAUGCCAACAAUAUAUAUACCCAACCCACAGAAGGCAAGCCGCUGUGUGAACCAGAUCGACGGAGUUUGUCAGACCAUUGAAAAGACCAUCAACCAGGCUGUGCAGAGAACUUUGGACCAGUUAGAGAAAGACUGCGAUUUAAUUUGCUCCACCAUCAACGGCAGACUACAACAGGAUAGGACUGAUGCCUCAUACAACAAAAGUCUCAGGUUGCACUCAUUCGUGUGCGGUGCUAUGGGAGUUGUCCUUCCUCUGCUCUUCAUCCUCAGUUUCAUUGUGAGCACCUUUUCCAAGAAGCAGCUGAGUGAACUGAUGGGAGAGGGGCCGGCACACACCCUGUCUAUCUGCACAGGAAUUGUGAUGUACUUAUGGGACUGGAUUCCAGAGGAUGGACAAGUCAUCUUUGUGAUCUUUUUUGGAGCCUUUUGCUACCUCCUAAUUUUCCUAGCUAAGUAUUUUUCUGGUCAAGGAUACAAGACUCUAACUAAGAAGGAGAAGAGGGCGAUGACAGAGUACAGUGAUUAUAUCCAGGAUAUCGUCAAAGCCAAAAAGGGUAAAUUGUAUGAAUGGUACCUCCAGCAAUGUGUUGCAGAAUAUGACCUUUGACCCGGGGUAAGAUGACAAUGCUUCACACAUGUAUGUUAACACAGGUGAGAGGUAUAGACAAAAGUGGCUCUGUAGUUUAUGAUGAAACACUGAGAAGUUUGUACUCAUACUGACAAUCAUGUACCAAAUAUUGCAGCCAAGGGUGUUGUAAACAAUUGGUAGAAAGUGCCUUUUUCUCUUCAAUAUACUCAAGAGUCUGUGAUAGUAGUAUUCAUAAUGUGAAUGUAUUUUUAUAAUGUUUUGUGGGCUAUUUUACAAAAUUAGUUCCACUUUCAUAGCAUUCGUGCUUUCUUGGCAGCAUUUUUUUCUAUGAUGUUGUCUUAAAAAAUGUAUUAUGCGAACCACUCACUUGUUCUCAAACCUCGCUGCACUGACCGCUGAUUAUGCCUUCGGAAGACACUAGAAUGUACUAUUUAAAUAAGCAAAGCUGUGAUAGUAACUGGGCAUUACAGUCAUUUAUUGUCAUACCAGUCCUGCCGUUUUUAUCUCUAGGCUUGUAUACAAUAUACUACAUGUACUCGCUUGCCGCAACAUGAGGUCCACAUGCACAAUCUAAUGAGAUCCAAUACAAGGGCUGUUUAAAAAAAAUCUGUCUUUGGAAAGAUAAUAAGCAGUUCUUUUGAAUUGCACUGCAACAUACUGACGGCUGUAUUUUGGUUACUUAAUUGAGCAAUGUCACUGGGGCAAUAUAUUUUAAACAGCUCUCAGUAUGCUGCAUUGCAGAUAUUGUCGAGCACUUCAUAAGUGAUACCGUUAUCAACCAAUACUGAUAUUGGCAGCAGCUGAAUGAAUGGACACAUUAUGCUUCUUUUACUGUCAUGCCACCGGACGCAUUUCACAAAUAAACACCGUUUAUGCAAAAUAAGAUACACACAGCAAUAUGCAAUGUAAGUUAUAGAAAAAAGGGUCUGACAUUUUCUCUCAUCAAAAGAGUCAUUCCCAAUCAUAACAGAUAGUAGGACAUGUUAUUUUAGUUGACUAUCAACUAGUAAGACAGGUUAGACUUAAUACAUUAACAAAUAAGAAUUCAAUUAAAUAAUGCUGGCAAUGAUACAAGUUGGAAAGCUAUAAGAACAAAGUAAAAUGCAAAGUAUGAAACUAGGCUAAUACAAUAAACAAGGCUCAUUUUACAUGUUUCUGGUCAUUUAUUAUGUUGCUGCAUUAAUGCAAGUUCCGUGUGAUUCUGAAUGAUUCUUCCAGUGGCAUGAUAUUAGAUGACAAGUAUUAAAAGAAGUCGUCUUACUCACCCCUCAUAGCGCUUUACGCUCAUUGCAAAUUGCAAACUUAUAAUUUGAAGGUGAAAGUUGGAAAUAAUUCCAGACCGCAGACAUACAGUACUGAGCCAGCAAUGUUAUUCCGUCAUCACUCACUCGCCAGUAUCAUUAUCGGCAGAAAAAAAAACAAUACCGAUAUGAACACAAUCUCACAACUCAAUUUUAUGCCAGAAUUGGUCCGACGAUAUUGUCGGACAUCUCUAAAUAUUAUAUUCAUAUUUCCUCAAAGUGUCAGGAGUGAUAUAUGCAGUACAGUACAUAUAGUAUACGGCACAUACAGUUUACAUAUACAACAUGUUUGUCAAGGCAAAUAUUUUGACAUGGUUCCAUUUGUCCAUUUUGUACUAUUUGACCUGUUCAGAGUCUCAAGGAAGGUGGAGCCUGUCCUCGCUGACUGUGGGCUCAUGUACUGGGUCUCAUGACAUUGUGCAGGAAAUCCUUUUGUGUCCUCUCAUAGGUUUUUGAUUAUCGUUAGAAGUCAAGCAGUCGAGACUGCAGUAGUAGCAAUGCAGCAAUAAGGUACGACCCAUGCUUGUGUAAAUUAGCAGUAGACCUUUAUCUCUAUCUUACUGUGUGAGAACCAGAAUUUGGUGACCUAUUUAUUACUGGAAAAAGAAACAUUUGCUCCAAACUGACACACCAGGACUAACUUUUUUUCACUGGAACUUGUGAUUGUUUAUUGGUGAUUUCAGUGUGUCCAUCAGGGGUGGGGAUCUCUGGCCACCUCACAAUUCGAUGUGAUUACCAUCCAGAGGCCUGCGAGGCCUUUCUAUAUAUAAUUUAUUUUUUACUCACUGUGUACUACUAAAACAAAGCAAAUUUGUAAUGAUCCAAAAUUAAACAUGAAACAGAUGAAUUUACUUUGAUUAUCUUUUAAUAAUUGGAAGGUUACAUCUACCAACAUAUGUCCCAUUGCACAGAACAAGCAGGAAAAGUAAAGUGCGCCAGUACCAGCAUGCAGAAAAUGAUCAAACUUCUGAGUAACCAACAUUAAAAAAAAAUCUGCCAUUAUUCACAAAUAAAUAAUAGACUUCUGAAUUCAAACUAAAAUCCUGAGCAUAGAAUCUCUGACAAAAUAAUAUUUUUGCUGUAUAGCAAAGUCAAAAACAGCUUUCAUACAAAAUAUAGAUUUCUGUACCCGCAGCUCUCAUACAAGAAUAUUGCUUGCAGACGUCAGUAUGUUAUGAAUAACCAAAAAAACUAGGCUGCCCUUAUUCACAAUUGCAGUAUCAGUGAAAUAACGUUACGGUGGGACGUUGUAUAUGGGAUCCAAAGUGCGCAACAAAACACGAAAGCUCUGCUUCUCAACAAUCAAUUACGGCCACAAAUCCUUCGCAAUAAAAGUUGCAAAUGACUUUGUGAUUCUCUUCGCCUUUUCCGAGUUGGGUGGAAAAUUAGUUAUCAGCUUCUCAAUGGUUCUCUGUUUGGCAGCAACUUCAGCUGGCUGUUUUUCCUCCUGGUUCGGGUGGAAACGUACUAUGUGGUUUCUCAUAUUUGUCGUGUUCCCAAAAUAUUUGAAGCUUGUAUGAGAAAGCUUGUGUAUUGUCUGACUCUUGUCCAGCUAAUUUUUACCUUCAACUACGUGAAAGCCAAAGUGUUUCCAGAUGCUCGCUUUAAAUCCAGCGGGUGCGGGUCGGAGUUUAUGGUCAGCAUUCUGGUAGCAUCUUACACUUAGGUGCACCACCAUAAACUGUCCGGGCGGCACUUCCGCUUUCCGUCUUUGUGAAUUGAUUAAUAAUUGUCAACGUCCGCAUCAUGAUGCAUCUAAGAAUCGAUUAUUUCCCCACCCCUAGUAUCUACCAUCACAUAUGUUCAAAAGAGAAUGAUUUGAGUGAUACAGAUAUCAGUGAUAAAUGAAUAAAAAUAAAGGAGAAAUAAUUUUUAUUUUUUUUUACAUAAAUCAAUGUAUAAUAAUAACCUCAGUUUGUAUUUUGUGUGUAUGUGUGUGGUUUUAGUUGGCUGGGACUGAGCUUUUAAAAUAUUUUGUUUAUACAGUAUUUGUGUUCUAUGAA